CGACGUUGGUGGGUUGCUACCGGCCUGUUACCAACCUACCGUUCCGCCUGUACCUGCAGAGAUCGCGAGAGGGAAAGUUCGGGGUCCGAGUGUCCGAAGAAUCCUCCUCCAUCCAAAUCUCUUCUCGUCUUCCUCGUUCUUCAAUUCGAGAAGGACAUCAACAUGUGCUUGGUGACUUACUUCUAAGAAAUCAUAGGGAUGUUGUCUGGCCAUGCUAUUGGUUUUCAUGGAAGAAGUGAAUCUGAUGAACUUUUAUUGGAAGAUCCUGUAUCCGAGGUCGGUGAUGAAGAAGAAACAUCUGGAAAGGUGAUAUAUGCAGCCUCCUUUGAGGAGCUUUCUAGAAACCACGUGCAGUAUGAUACAGUUGUAUGGGUCCUAAUAUCGCUGUUGCUUGUUUUGGCCUGUGGAGUUGGUAUUGUUAUGCUCUUGUACCUUCCUGUCAGAAGAUAUGUGCUCCAGAAGGAUAUUGCUUCACGUAGACUUUAUAUCACAUCGGAUGAAAUAGUCUACAAGGUCACGAGACCAUCUAUUUUGCCCUUAUUAGGGUUGAUCAAGGUUGAACAACGCAUUCCUCUUCAUGUAGUUAUUGGCAUUGUUAUUGAGCAAGGUUGCUUGCAAUCUAUUUAUGGAGUACAUACUUUUAGGAUUGAAUGUAUAACUCAUGGAAAAGCUGCACCUGUGGGCGAACUGCAGUUUCAAGGUGUUUCCAACCCAAGACUACUAAGAAAGGUUAUUAUUCUAGAAGCAACAAAGAGGAUUCAGGAAGUUGGUAAUUGGAAGCUUACAUCAUUUUCUGGGGAUGUAUUGCCAACACUGACUAUGAGAUCAUUGACUGAUGUUUCAAAUUCAAACAGAUGGAGAUCUCCAAGCAUGAAGGUCAAGGCUUCACCAAGACAUGCAUUUUCUGAGGCUAGGGGUGUUGUGUCCGGUGAUCUGUUGCUGCAUAAAAUUGAAGAAGUCAAGGAAUCUGUGCAAAAACUGGGAUCUAUGCUUGUGCAAUCCAAUGCUUAAGGUGUCCGUCUUGCGCCAACUAAUCCUAGGGUGUAUAGUCUGGCUUUGGGAAGCGCGAGUGAUUUCGAAGUUGACAGUCACUCACACGAGAAGUUCGAUCAUGGGUGUAUACCCGCAGCCUAACAUAGCAUGACGUUCACAAGUCUAGCUAAUCUAUGUUCCUAUAGAAUUUUCAUGUUUAUGCUUACUCUACCCUUAAAAUAACAUUUUAAAACUUUAAAUC